UGCAAACACAUGUUUCCGGCACAUGAUGCGUAGUAGAUGUUUCUCGUUCCGGGUGAAAGUUCUCCCACGUGGUAACAUGGUGUAGUUGGCGUGUUUGUGCACUGGCAGGUUAUGGAAGCGUGAAAACUAAAAGAAAAUAUAUACACCAAGAGAAAACAAAUGUAAGCGCCAGUCCAGUUAAAUGAUACAACUAGUUGGUUAUGUGGAUAUUGCAGUUUGAAAGCGAAUAUGGGGGAAUUUAAGGUUCACCGCGUCCGGUUCUUCGACUACAUGCCUACUGGGAUCAGAUGCAUGGCAUUCAACUCCAAAACGGAGAGACUGGCAUUGGCGAGACAGGACGGAACCGUUGAGAUUUUCAACUUUUCUGACAACUACUUCCAGGAAAAGGUGAUUCCAGGAAAUGACACUCGGUCCAUCGAAGCUGUCUGUUGGGUCGGGGAGCGGCUCUUCACGGCCGGCUUGAACGGAGAAAUAACGGAGUAUGACUUGGUCAACCUCCGCCCCAAAUAUUCCAUGGACGCCUUUGGAGGACCCAUUUGGACUUUGGCUUGUAAUGCCCAGGGGACUCACAUGGCGGUCGGGUGUGAAGACGGAUCUGUGAAAGUGUUUGAGGUUCUGGAUGACAAGAUCCGUUUUGAAAAGAAUCUGGACCGACAAAAAGGCCGUGUUGUGUGUCUGUCCUGGCACUCGUCUGGAGCACAGAUCGCUGCUGGAAUGCUGGACAUGAUCCGCAUCUUUGACGUCCAAUCAGGUCGCGCUGUGCAGAGGAUGCUGGUGGACCGCGGCACGGCGGGGAUGCGUAGUCGAGAGUGCGUGGUCUGGAGCGUGGUCUUCCUGUCUGACUGCACGGUCGUCAGCGGCGACUCCGCCGGGAAGGUCCAGGUCUGGGACGGGAGCAUGGGCACCCUCGUCAGGACGCACCUGGUGUCCAAGUGGGAUGUCCUCUGUCUGUCCGUCUCGCAGGACGAGACCAGCCUGGUUGCUGGUACGUCUGAAGGCACCGUAGUCCAGUUCCAGUAUCUCUCGGCCACUCUGGGGGAGGGGGAGCAGGAGUGGACCAGGACCAGAACCUUCAAGCACCACACCCACGACGUACGCGCCGUGUUGGAGCUCCAGCGUGCCAUUGUGUCCGGAGGUUUGGACACACAGCUAGUGGUCAGGCCCCUCCUCGAUAAGGUGGAUGUCAAGUCCUACGACACAGUGCUUCGCAAGAUCCAUUUUCCCCACCACAGCCUGGUGUCCUGUGCGGAGCGUGCGGGGCUGCUGCUCUUCCAGUUCCCUGCCCAUCUGGAGCUGUGGAGGCUGGGAGAGAGCGACGCUCACGGUUGCCCUGGAGACAGCUUGGCAGUGAGGAGGAAACCUGAGAAGCUGCUGCAGCUAAAGAGAAAGGGCGAGGAGCACAUUAGCUGCAGCGCCUUGUCCCGCUGCGGCGGGUGGCUGGCGUACUCGAGCGUGUCCAGCGUGCGGCUGUUCCGCCUGAACUGCGACGACAACCACUUCAGCGUCGUCAAGAUCUCCAGGCUACCAAAGAUUCUGAGCUCCGCCCACCAGCUGUGUUUCUCAGCAGAUUCUUCCAAACUGUUUGCUGCCUCCUCCCACUCCACAGUUCAUGUGAUUUCCCUUAGCCAAUCAGAGUGCAAGUACGUGCACACCUUCAAGCCUGUGUCAGGUUGCACAGAGCCUGUUCACUUGCUGGCUCCCAGUGCAGAUGGCGCGUGGCUGGCUACUGCAAACAGAGGGUGUGAGGUCCACGUCUACAACCUGCACAAACUCAAGCCACACUGCACUGUUCCUGUGUACAGCUCUUGCCCCAGUGCCAUGGCCAUCAACCCCAGCACUAAUGACCUACUGGUGGUGCAUGCCGACCAUCAGAUAUUUGAGUUCAGCAUAGCAGAGAGGCGAUACACCGAUUGGAGCAGGACGUUACAGAGGGAGGGGCUUCACCCGCUGUGGAGUGAGAGGGACACGCCCAUCACACACGUGAACUUCAACCCCCAGAAGCCCUCCCAAUUCCUCUUGCACGACAUGUACAUGUUCUGCGUCGUUGACCAAAGCCAGCCCCUCCCUGACCGGACCACCCAGUUUUACAAUCAGCUGACUCUGAGGAGCCUAUCGGAGGAGGAGAGACAAAGCCGUAUCCACGCUUUUAAGAUCUGCAAGAAGUUCCAGCCCCUCCUCAGCAUGCACGCGCUGGAGGACGGCGCACUGGUUGUGGUGGAGCGCCCCCUGCUGGACAUCGCCACCCAGCUGCCGGCACCCGUGAGACAGAAGAAGUUUGCCACAUAAUCAGCCCGACCCUCUUUGGAGACGCUCCUUUGUAAAGAUCUUUUUUCCACGCAGUAAAAAAAAUUAGAUAUUUACUUAAA